AUGAGCCACUUGUCGCGAGCUCUUCUGCAGGCACCCCCCUGUGUGCAAGUGUUGGACUCUAGUGAGCCACUUGUGCCCAUGACUGUGCUAUCGAAAUCAAUAGCUGGUAGUUCCCGCGCCACUGUUCCCAGUACCGUGUCGGUACUGCCGCCUGCGUCUCCAACGUCGUCUGAGAGCAGCGUGGCUGAUGCGGAACCUCAAGCUCCUGGUUCGUCUGGCCGAAGAGUCCACUACUAUGCCGAGGAAAUAAGGUGCCAUUGGAACAUGUAUAAAAUCAUAACCCGGCUCAACACCCCAGCUCAGUGCAUUGCAUUUGCUGAAGAGCAUAGGCUCCUUCCUACAGAAAAAAUGUGCUCAUAUCAUAGGAGACCUAUGGCGUUAAGCUCCAGCAGUAAGACUGGUCAGCUUGGCAUAUUUCGAUGCAGGAAGAGUAAUUGUCGCUCUAAGGCAAAAAUGAGGGCCCUGGGCACGGGCCCCACGUGCCCUCAUGGUAAAGACAGUACUAAAGAAGAAUUAGCGAAUUGA